AUGUCGCGACUUGGCAUGCCGGACUUGGGGGUUGCGACUCUUAACGACAUGAGAGACAAUGCGGCGAUGAUAGCUUCGGUUGAUCCAUCGGUGCCGUUGAUUGCGGAUGCUGAUACUGGCUAUGGAGGCCCGCUGAUGGUUGGACGAACGGUGUCGGAAUACAUACGUGCUGGUGUUGCCGGCCUGCAUCUGGAGGAUCAAGUCAUCACCAAGCGUUGCGGACACCUGCUCAACAAGCAGCUCGUUUCAGAAGAUGAGUUUCUCGCACGAAUCAAAGCCGCCACAAUGGCCAGGGAGAAAGCUCAGGGAGAUAUCGUAAUUAUUGCUCGGACGGAUGCGCUUCAAUCUCUCGGGUAUGAAGCAGCGAGAGACCGGUUGAAGAGAGCAGUAGAACAUGGAGCAGACGUUGCGUUUCUGGAAGGGAUUAAUUCUGCAGAAGAGGGUCGACGUAUUUGCCGAGACUUGGCACCAACCCCUGUUUUGUUCAACUGUGUGGCGGGAGGGGUCUCCCCCGAACUCUCUUCUACAGAAGCGGGCGAGUUGGGGUAUAGAAUCAUCAUCCACCCUAGUUUCGCACUUGGGCCAGUCUACCGCGCCGUAUCUGAGGCCGCCAAGUGCUUGAAGUCUACGGGCUCUGAGAAAAAGUACGCGUCGGUCGUGUCGCCGAAGACUGCGUUUGAAGUCUGUGGAUUGCGAGAGGCGGUUGAGUUUGACAUCGAGGCCGGGGGGACGCUCUACUCGGUCGGUGUCUAG